CUCGCCGGUACAAAUGUCUGUACAGAGGUUGACUCGAGCCAGGCAGCGCGCGCGCUCUGGAAAUCUUCCGGCGUUUAACAAGAGAGAGAAACAUUUUUUUCCUUCUUUUUUCAUCUGGAGCACCGGGACGAAGAAGUAAUGUUGUCUUGGCUUCUGCUCUCUGGAUGAUAUUGGGAUAAUUUUCUUUCGAAAGCAUCAAGGCGUCAGAUGUUUCCAGAGGUGGAUUUCGCUGUUUUGGAAUGUGUUUGUUGCGCACUAACCUGUUUUUCGACAUUUCCUCCUCUGGGCUUGCCUACACACUCUGCAUCAAAUGUUUUUUCUGCCAGUGGAAUAUAUGGAGAUCUUUAUGUUUGAUUCCACGACCCGUUUUAGUAAUUAAAAGGCUUGAAAGAUGACAAUCUUUUGAGAUGAAAAACUGCACUUUUGGGGGUAAUUUUCUGCUUGUGCGCGGCUCGUGCCUCAUCUCGCGCCUCAGCAGCCUGUUGUCUGUGUCAGUGGAGAAACGCACAACUUUGCCGCGAGCCGGAUCCAAAGCUGGAGCAGGAGCAGGGGCUGCAGCUGGUCUGAGUGGCGCACCAGGGCCACACGCAGGGGGCCAGGAGGGGGACCCAGGAAGGAGAGGCCCCCGUGUUCGGUCGUUCCGUGGUUGGACGGGGCAUCCGGUGCAGCUGUGGAGCGAGGCUGAUGAAGACGGUGGUGAUGAUGAUGAUGAAUGGGCCGGUCGCUCGAGCAGGCACCGGGGUCUCGCCACCAUUAUGUUUACUUCUGUGCGCUCUCGUCUUUCUCCCGCCGUGCGCUCACCCGCAUCCGCAGCCGUGCCAGGUGCUGAAACGGAUCGGCCACACGGUUCGGGUCGGGGCCCUGCACGUUCACCCUCGCUCGCUCUCCGCCACUGCCGGCAGCGGUUCUGAGGAAUGGGACACCGACCGACGUUUUAUAGCGAGUGGAGAGCGGCGGGGGGAGUUGGAAAAACAGGUUAAAACAAGUGCCAGUGCGCCUGGAUAUGGGAGCCUCAGGACUAGAGGCACCAUGAAUAGUCAGAGGGGAUCCAGCAGGAGUAAGAGCCAGGCACGGCAGCGGGAGGAGAACAUCCUGAGGGAGAACCGCACGUUCGCACCCCGGGAAUCGGUCCUGCUCGCGGUCGAGACUCUCAACCGAGCCGGAUUGCUGCCCUACAAUUUAUCCUUGGAGCUCGUUAUGGCCGUUGGUUCCGGACUCGGUGAGCUGCCCGCGUUCUCCUCCUCCUCUCCUGGCAUGCCCGAGAACGAAGACCCCCUGUCCUUUGUGGAGAGCGUGUGUCACACAGUAGUUGUGCAGGGGGUUUCCGCCAUGAUCGCCUUUCCACGGAACCGGGACGAGUUCGUCAAGUUGGAGUUCGUCUCGCUUGCACUUCAGGUGCCAGUCGUCAGCGUUGUGCAGAGGGAGUUUACGCGCCACAGUGAGAAUCCUCUCCAUUUCCAAAUGGCAAUGAAGACCGUGGAGGCCCCACCAUCCCGUCUCCUCUAUUCCCUGCUGAUGAUGAAUGGCUGGUGGGACAUCAGUGUUCUGCUCUGUCAAGAAUGGGACAUUAGCGACUUCCUUUUCCUUAUCAAGAAUAACACCCGCUUCCACCUGGGCACUCUUGUCAACCUGACAACUACCACCUCACCCUCACCACACUCUUCAUACUCAUCAUCAUACUUGGGAGUGGCAUCAGGUGUCGCAGCAGGAGCAGAGGCAUCAUUAUCAUUGUCAUCUUUACCUUAUUUCUCCCCGGCUGCCUCAUCUCCUGCUUCUUCAUCCAUGUCCUCCUCUAAAUCAGACCAGCAGCAAGCUCUCAUGCGGCAGUUGGAGGCACUGAGGGAACCUACAUCCACAACAGGAGUGGUGACAUUUGGGUGCGAGAUCCGUGAGGUGCGCCGUCUAUGGACGCUGGCCACCAGGAUGAUGCUCCCAGACUUUCACUGGGUUUUGGGAGACAGCCAGAAUGUGGCCGAGCUGAGAACAGAGGGUUUGCCCCUGGGGUUAUUGGCACACGGGGUCAUGGCAUCCCCUUCACUGGAUCACUACGUGUAUGACUCAGUGGAGCUGGUCGCGCGGGCGGUGGGCAGUGCGGCCCAAGAGAACCCAGCCCUGGCUCUCAUACCUGGAACUACUAACUGUAUGGAUGUACAACAGAGCAACGGCAGCUCGGGGGAAUACUUGGCAAGAUUUCUAUCCAACACAUCAUUUGAGGGCCAGAGCGGUUUUAUAUCCAGAGACACUCACAGCCAGAAUGUGAUCUCAGAGGCCCAUCACUACAUCUGGUCCCUCCAGCUGGACCCCCUUGGCCAGCCAACCUGGACCCGCUUGGGACGCUGGCGCUGGGGAAAAGUUCUGAUGGACCAGGGGGCCUGGCCAAGUCAUCAGGGUUCUGGGGGGGGCGGCGACUGGCGUCGAUCGACACGGUUGCACAUGCGGGUGGUGACGCUGGUGGAGCACCCGUUUGUAUUUACCCGAGAGGUGGAUGGGGAUGGGUUGUGUCCCGCAGGCCAGUUGUGCCUCGACCCGCUGACCAACGAGUCCUCAGUUUUGGAAAGACUUUUCCAGAACCUUGCAACACCCAACGCGUCUGUUCCCACAGACUACAAGAAGUGUUGUUAUGGUUACUGCAUUGACCUGUUGGAGAAGCUGGCAGAGGACAUGGGCUUCACUUUCGACCUCUAUAUUGUAGGUGAUGGGAAAUAUGGGGGCUUUAAGAACGGUCGCUGGACAGGAUUAGUGGGCGAUCUGCUCAGUGGCGCUGCCCACCUGGCAGUGACAUCUUUUAGCAUUAAUUCAGCCAGAAGCCAAGUUAUUGACUUCACCUCACCCUUCUUCUCCACCAGCCUGGGAAUUCUGGUUCGUACUCGUGACACCGCUGCACCCAUUGGUGCCUUCAUGUGGCCUCUCCACUGGUCCAUGUGGCUGGGCAUCUUUGUCUCCCUCCAUGUCACCGCUGUCUUUCUCACCCUGUAUGAGUGGCACAGCCCAUUUGGUAUGACACCACGUGGACGCAACCGGGACCGAGUGUUCUCCUUCUCCUCAGCGCUCAAUGUAUGCUACGCUAUUCUCUUUGGGAGGACGGUGGCCAUCAAGCCGCCAAAGUGCUGGACAGGGCGCCUGCUGAUGAACCUCUGGGCCAUCUUUUGUCUGUUCUGUCUGUCCACCUACACGGCUAAUCUGGCUGCUGUCAUGGUCGGGGAGAAGACCUAUGAGCAACUGUCAGGGAUACAUGACCCAAAGUUGCACCAUCCCUCUCAGGGAUUCCGAUUUGCUACAGUGAGAGAAAGUAGCGCAGAGGACUACGUCAAGAAGAGUUUCCCUGAGAUGCACGAGUACAUGAGAAGAUACAAUGUCCCGGCAACACCAGAUGGCAUACAUCAUCUCAAGGCUGACCCUCAGAGGCUGGAUGCAUUCAUCAUGGACAAAGCUCUGCUGGACUAUGAAGUCUCCAUAGAUGCAGACUGUAAAACACUUACAGUUGGAAAACCCUUUGCUAUAGAAGGCUAUGGGAUUGGCCUCCCACAGAACUCUCCUCUCACCUCCAACAUCUCAGAGCUUGUUAGCCAGUACAAGUCAGAUGGUUUCAUGGACAUGCUGCAUGACAAAUGGUACAAAGUUGUGCCCUGUGGGAAGCGCAGCUUUGCCGUGACUGAGACACUGCAGAUGGGCAUAAAACAUUUCUCUGGACUGUUUGUGAUGCUCUGUGUGGGCGUGGCCUUAUCUCUGCUGACCACAAUAGCAGAACACAUUGUGUACAAGUUGGUGAUCCCAAGGGUCAAGGAGCCACGCUUCAAAUACUGGUUGCACACGAGCCAGAGGUUACACCGGGCCCUCAACUCGGUCUUUAAUGAUGACAAGCUGCCGACUGUUACCAAGCCUGAGAAAAGGUGCAAUGAGGGAAACAACCAGUCAGCAUCUUGGAAUCCUGCAGGGUCUUCCCACUGCAACAGGCGGCGGGUCCUUCCACAAGAAAUGCAGAAUGACCUGGAAUGCCCAUCCACCCAGGAUCUUCCUCCUCCACCACCCCCAUCUCCUCUGCCUCAUCCCCAUACUCUUCCCCUUCUGGAGAAACACUUGUCCAUAGUGACCAACUCUAAUGGUCGCUCUGACCUGUUGGGGCGGGGGUUGACACAAGGACUGGGAGCGGGCCAUGGGGGCUCCGGUCAGGGCAUAACAUCGGGGCAGUGCCGGGGUUUGGGUGCGGGCGACUGUGGCCCCAGCUUGGGCAGGAACCCACUGGUUCAGGAGCUGUCUGAACUGGAAGGUCAGAUCCUUGUAAUCAAGCAGCAGCUGCAGUCAGCCAUGAGGAGGAAGAGAGAGCUAGAACAGUACCAAUCAGAAAACCAGCAAGCAAAACAGACUGCAUCCAGCCAGCCCACUACACACCAGUCUAACCAGUUUGCUCAGUACAGCCAGUCCCUCCAACAGACUAACCAACACACUAAGACGCUCCCAGAGUUUUGAAGAUUUUCUCCCUUUAUGCCCAGAGUAAACAGACUAGACAUGGUACUAGUUCCCAGAACCUCCUGUAAGUUCUGAAAAAGGGUACCUAUCUGAGAUUUGAAGGAUGAACUGUAACCGAUUUCUGGACCUGAAUCUUCUGUUUAGGCUCAGGAGGUCCCCCUGGACUGGACUGAAAUGUUCUCAUGGGAUCAGAUCCUGCUCUGUAACUCCAGAGGAACAUUACCUGACCUCUGGAACACAAGGUUUACUUAGAUUGGAGGCACUAGACAACAGUGAACCAGAACUAAAUCUGUUUUCACAAGUUUGUUGCUGCCACUGAAGAGCUGUGCAAACCUUCCUUUUAUUAACUUCCCUUCACACAUUUCUUCACCUCCUUUUCGCCUCUUUUGAUCCCUUCAUUUUUUCCUUUCACUUCCAUUCCCACUUCUCUCUACUCUUUCCUCUUGUCCCUUUCAUCCAUCCCCUCUAAGCCUAGUCUCUUCAAGGGUACAGAUUUGCUUGCCAUGAUGAUAAGCUUCAUCAUAGAUAUGAAGACUCUGGUAUUUAAGCUUAAUGGGCUAAUUCACCUGAGUCUUAUGUUGAGACUCAUUGAGAGUGUAAAUGACCUGAAGUUGAACCCAGCCACUUAAGUCUUUAUGUCCUCGUGUCUUGCUGAAUUCUUGUACAUUUGAAGGGGGAAAGAAAAGAAAUAUGACUGUUGGUGACCGGUUGGUUACCACUGAUGACCUAAUUUGACAAUGAAUUUAAUUUGGCUCAGGUCAUUUUUUUUCAAGGGCACCUUUUUUAGAUGGUUUGGUGGGGCAGUUGUCCCAAGGAGAGGACAAAAAAAAGAUAUAACACUUCAGCAAGACAUCAAGUACAUCUGGUUGGCAUCUUGUGGUGGAUUAUAGGACAAUACAAAAUCUUAUUUUAGUGGCCACUGUAUAAUGUUGUCCUGCACUUCACUGAUGCACUUCUAGUUUCUUAAAGAAAGCUGCACCUACAAGUCAUCAUUCAAUUUGUCAGAGUUUGACUUAUGGUUGAGAUGUUUUUCCUCAUACUACUUUCGGUAUUAAAU